AAUGUCACGACAUAUAAAUUUACUGAUAAUAUAUAUUAUAUAUUACAUGACUAUUGGAUCGAUGAGACGGAAGAGAGGGUUAAACCAUAUUUCCUGUUAAGCGGUGGUCCGGAGCUCUUCCUAACGAUUAUGUUUUUAUGGCUUAUAUUUGUCACAAAAUUGGGACCAAAUCUCAUGAGAGACCGAAAGCCGUUUGUUUUGCGCGAAAUAAUAAUGUUUUAUAACUUUAUAUUAGUUGUAAUCAAUGCUUAUUUUACAUACAAAGCGUUUGAAUGGCUAGAGUUUGGCCGCAAGUCUUGGGACCCAAAACUACCCGAACGUAACAAAUGGUCGGACAAAGAGAUCGCAGAAAUACCCGAUAAAGUGGUGUAUUUUUACUCAAAACUCAUUGAUUUAUUCGAUACCGUAUUCUUUGUGUUAAGAAAAAAGUCAAAUCAAAUCACAUUUCUUCACGUUUACCAUCAUUUUAUGGUUCCUGUAUUGAUGUAUAUUACGAGCAAACUCUGUGUGCGAUCACCUGUUUUCGAGAUGUUUGCUUUUGUCAAUUCAAUAGUACACACAGUUAUGUAUAGCUAUUACCUGUUGUCGGCAUUUGGACCCCAAAUACAGCCCUAUUUAUGGUGGAAGAGAUAUAUCACACGAUUGCAGUUAAUACAGUUCGCAUUCUUCGGGUAUUGUAUUAUCAAUGGUAUGUUUUAUGGCGAUCCCAGCGGUUAUCCAAUUGCUCUACAAUUGGCUGUUAGUGUUCAACCGUUUGUAUUUUUCUACAUGUUUUUUACAUUUUAUAUCACGUCUUACCGUAAAAAUAAAUCUCAAUAA